AUGGCAGUACAAUUUAUUAAAAUUACUGGUCUUAAUGAUAAGUCUUGCUAUAUUUUCGGUGUACGUGCAUACACAAAUAGAGGACCAGGAAAUUGGAAAGUUAUUGCUAAUGAGACAUUGAUCAGUACUCAAUUUGUGACUUUAACACUAGUAACUACUCAAGAAGUAUGCAUAGGAUCAACUAAUACAGUUGCAGGAGCUGUUGAUGGUAUUAGUAUUGGACUGUUUUCAGUUGUUGGAUUAUUAUUAAUAUCACUAGCUAUUAGUAUUAUUAUUCAUAUCUCCUGCUUAAUCAAGCUCAAGUCCUAUAGGGUCACUGUUAACCAAGCAAAUAAAUUUAAUGUUGAUGAUAUACCAAUGCAAUUGUGUGAACCAUAUAGUAUACUCAAGAGCACAGAGGCAGUAUAUGAAGAGCCAGAUGUCAAUGAAAAUGUUGAUGAUUAUGUAACAUAGGAGCCUAACAUUUCCAGAAUAUAGUUAAUGCGAUACAACUGUGAUUACAUUAGACCUUACU